GCUCGGACAAGAUCUUCAUCCCUAUCCCCAAGCAGCCAAUGGGGGCACGAUGUAACACGAGCAUUCUCCAAGUGUGGCUGGAGGUGUUCAGUGCUUCGGACCUCUGAUUUGUGUUCUUUUCCUCCACACGCAGUCGGCGCAAGCAACAACGUGGUGAUCAUUUUGCCUCCGACCCUGGACGAGUCCGAAAUUUGAAAUCCUCUGCCCUGUGACGCUCGAUGAACAUCGCCGCUCGCAAAGGCGUGCUGGACGGGCCGAGCCGAGUGCUGUUUGAUGGCAUGCGGGUGGCGUCUCCACCUCAAGCCACCCAUGCCACGGCUGCCAAUAAUCGGAAAGACUCCCACUCGAUGCACGACGCUACCAAGGAGGCGCACGACUUGCUCAAGUCCCAGGAACUGUUUUUGAGCGUUGUGCUGGACUGGCAGCAGCACGAGUCCACCGACACGUCUGUCCACGGAGACUCGUCCGCUCCAUCGGAGCAGGUGUACACGUCAUCGUUCGAGUCCUCGGAAGGGUCAGACCACGAAGGCGGAGCUGCCACGCGGCUCAUGAACUUCACACGCAAUGCAAAGCCCGCCAAACCCCCGAUGGACCACGACCCCAGUCCUACCAACUUGCCCAAAAUCCACAGCAUUCCCCCUUCCAAACACUUGCCCGCGCUGAAUCUCAACACGUUACUCCCAUUGCCAAAAAAGCGCAUCGGCAUCUACUCACCACGCUCGCGUCGAGAGCUCUUGGAGAAGUACAUGGAGAAGCGCACCAAGCGGCUAUCGCGCAAGAAAGUGCGAUACCGGGUGCGAAAAACCUUGGCCAACGCACGGCCGAGGGUUAAAGGUCGGUUUGUCAAGACCGAUCAGCCGCUGACCGCGGCAGCGGUGGAAGAGAUGGAGAAGGCACGGACUCCAUCGUCCAAAGCCAAAUCUGCAACGAAGCCGAACACUUCCGACAACGACUUUGACUAUGUCGGCGCAUACUAUUCUGGCGAAGAUAGCGUUCGAGACGAUGUCCAAGACAUGUUGAGGUUGAUUGUCGCGAGCAAACGCGAGCAAGGCGAAGACAUCAACUGGGAAGAAUGGGCCAGCCAGCUGGAGCAUUCCAUCUUAUCGCUUCUGCCCAGCCAAUACGUCGAGUCGCCGUUUCCAGAAGUGUUUUCCGAUGUGGCCAACACGUUGGGCGACGCUGAAGAAGACUGCUCCAUGGAAACGUUCGUGAGGGCUGUACGCGCGGGUACCAUGUACGUGGCCAUUUGCCUCAGCCAAUACAUCAGCCUCCGCCCCCCAAGCAUGUGGGAGCACGACGAUGACGUGUCGCCUGUGCUGCAGCACUACCUUCCUGAAAUCAAACAACUUUGGGCUCAGAGGAGGAUGAAAAAGAACCAAACGUUUGAAUUUAUGGAAGGCGCGAUCCCCGGUAUUGCCGCCGUCGUGUGUCUUGGCUACGCGGAUGGCAAGCGCCACCUCAAGCCCAUCAUCCUUUAACGCUGCACUUGGACGUAUGGGGACACCCUACACAUGUAGAAUACACCGUACAAUAAUACACUUAAUAAUACUUACUUAUUUGCCUGCGGUAACCUCGUUCAUCCGUCUUUGAUUUCACAGCGCUAACGUUGUCCGCGUAGAAUUCCC